AUGGCUGCUGCUGGUGAGUCCACAAGCUUUGACGAGGAACAGCUUCCUGGUAAGAGAGAAACUAUCAUUUGGGAGCCCAGAAAAGGUAAGCUAAAAAAAGAUUAAGGAUAAAAGAAAGCAGAUAAAUGCUUGCAGAAGAAUAUUCCAAAUAUUCUUGAUAGUGAAUCUGAAGAAAGUGGAUUCUCUGAUACUUCUCACAAUGAAAAUGAUGUCAGUUGCUCUUCUGUUCACUGUGUUCAUAUGUGGCCUGACCUGGAAGACUUGGAUGGUGAUGUCUCCAGUAUACCUGAGAAUGUAACUUCUCCAGAGCUGCAAACUGCUGCUGUGUACAAGGAGGAAGACUGGGAUAAAGAAAUUGAGGAGGCUGAAUGUAGCCCUUACGAUGCUGACGAUCUCCACUGUGGAAGCUUUCAGGAAAAUAAUCUUUUGGCCUCAUGCACGUGGCGAGAGGAUUGGUUUUACAACCCAGGCUGUCACCAUGCACCUUGCCUUACUUUUCCACCACCAGUUAAAAUGACUGUGCCUGGCCAGUUUGAUGAUGCUGAUGAAUGA